AUGGAUGUUGAACAAGAAUGUGAACCAACUAACGAAAUAUCAUAUAUUGAUGAUGAGGAAAUUGAAAAAGAAAUGUUGAAAUAUGUUAGAAAAGCAGAAUACAUGAAGAUCACAGAUAUUUUGCUUUUUGUUAUUCCAGGUUUUGUAGAUCAGAACAUUCUUUAUAUAAACAAUCUAGUUAUUUAUAUUUGUAUUUCAGGUGAUAGUCGCAAUGUUAGCAGGAAGAUAAAACAUGUAAUAAUUAUAUAUGCUAUCUUAGAUGACAUCUUAAAUAUUCAUAGAGCUGAAUUUCACUAUAUGAUAAUUUUAUAUCCUGGUAACGAAAACUAUAAACUACUACAAAAAGUAAUGGAACUAAUGAUCAAUGAACUACAUAACCUAGUAACUAAUGGAUUAGAUUCUAAUUUCAAUGCAGCAAAUGCGAAUUACUUUUGCCCUUGGUAUCUGUGCUUUAAGAAGGAAAUUGGUACUAAGGAUAAAGUAUAUAUGAUAGAAAAAACUAUGGAACAACUUCAAACUGCAAAACUGCUAUCUGGUUAUUCUAAAAUGUCUCUUCUUUAG